UGGGCAACCACAGCUGCGGGGCGUGGUCUGUGCUGGGCUGCCCUCCUGUUCUGGCUUAUCAGGGGAUCCCCAAAGAAAGGAAGGGGACCAAGGCCGAAGCUGUUGGGGUGAAGGUCCGGGAGGCUCGUUAAGGGGGCGAAGGGUACAGGCCAUGGAAAGGAAUGACACCAUCGACUUCAAGGCUCUGGAGAAAGAGCUGCAGGCUGCACUCACUGCAGAUGAGAAGUACAAACGGGAGAAUGCUGCCAAGUUACGGGCAGUGGAACAGAGGGUGGCUUCCUAUGAGGAGUUCAGGGGUAUUGUCCUUGCAUCACAUCUGAAGCCACUGGAGCGGAAGGAUAGGAUGGGAGGAAAGAGAGCUGUGCCCUGGAACUGUCACACUAUUCAGGGAAGGACUUUCCAGGAUGCGGCCACUGAAAUCUCCCCGGAGAAAACCCCCCUCCAGCCCGAGACCGCUGCUGACUUCUACCGUGAUUGGCGACGACGCUUGCGGAGUGGGCCAGAGCGCUACCAGGCUCUGCUGCAGCUCGGGGGUCCAAAGCUGGGCUGCCUCUUCCAGACAGAUGUGGGGUUUGGGCUUCUCGGGGAGCUGCUGGUGGCACUGGCUGAUCAUGUGGGGCCAGCUGACCGGGCAGCAGUGCUGGGGAUCCUACGCAGCCUGGCGACCACCGGGCGCUUCACCCUGAACCUGAGCCUGCUGAGCCACGUGGAGAGAGAGAGAUGCAAGAGCUUGUUUCAGAAGCUGCAAACCAUGGGUCCCCCCAGACCCAUGAAGGAGGGGCUCAGCUGGGAGGAGCAGGGUCUGGAGGAGCAGUCUGAUAGGCUCCAAGAGGAGGAGAGGCUCCUACAGGAGCUGCUGGGGCUGUACCAGGUUGACUGAUGUGACCAGGUACCCUCAGAGGUCCCGGUGGUCAUGGAAGGCAGUUUUUGGUUGUUGUCUUGGGGUUCUGCAGGACCGUAAUAAGAAACCCAUACUUAGUUCCUGUCUCAACUUGGAAAUUUCAGAGCAAAAACAGGAAUCUAGUUUCCCACUCUCUAGCCCCUCAUUGUCUCGAUAUUUUGAACUGUGUGUAUCCACGGGACAAUCAAGAGUUCAGGAAGUUGAAAGCAGUUUUGUUUCCCAUCCAUAGAGUCUGCCAAGCCUCUAGCCUACUGGCCCUGAGAGAUGAGUGUGUACCCAACCAAAUGCUGGCUGUACCUGUUACAGCCUCCACUCAGAAAAACAAAAAAGCAAAAUCUUUAUGGUAAACAAACACUGAUCAUCACAGCUCUUAACAAGAAUGUUUAUAGUCCCAAACCAAUAAAUGAACAUUUAAUCAA